UUUUGUUUUGGAAAAUGUAAAAAAAAAAUGAUGAUAACACAAAGACUUUGUUGCUUUUCCCCAUCCAUUUGAUAAAGAUGAGGGGGUGUUCAUACAGUAGGCGUUGUGAGGUGAAUUGAUUCGUGAUUUGAUUUACAAAAGGAUUUUCUUGUUCAGAAAAAAAAAAAAAAACGGCUCUGUCCUACUUAGAGAGACACCGCCACAGCCCAACCUGCUCUUUCCAGCUGGUGCUGCUCCCAAUUACACCCACCUCCCUCUUUGUCCGCUUUCCCCUUCAUCUCUCUUUGCUCCUCCUUUUUGAGCCGGUUUGUGAACCUCGUGCUGUCUGCGUCAGACGACUCCAUUCAUGAAAAGUGUGACGUGAGCGGGUUGGUAACGCUACCACCCGCCCACUCACAGCCUGUGUGCUGCCGGAGCAACCGGAAUGCCUGUCAUUCUUCAGCCUGUUUAGUUUGUUUUUUUUUUGUUUGUUGCUUUCUCUCCACCCUGACCAGUAAAUUUUACAUCCCCUUCAUUUUUAUCAACCCUGCCAUCAGUGCUGAGGAAGAAGCGCAUGAAGUUGAGCUCUGUCCGACGUGAUUGAAAUACUGACGAACCAAUGUGUUAGGACCGCUCCUCACCAAGUGUACAUAACCCAUAUUCAUGCAUGACAUCAUGGGAAGUUCCCCCGAGGUGCUCUCAUGGACUUCCUGCCCCAGCAUGCUGGUGGGCAAGCUGAAGGAGGAGCUCAAACUCAGUGUCGUCGGGGACUCCAUGAAGAAAUCAAAUGCACCAAACUCUCAAACGCAGCCUCCUCCGGCUCAUCCCUCGAUAUUACCCCCUCAGAUAAUCACGGACCUGGCCCCGCCCACGCACCUGCCCAUGCCCCUGCAGCUUCUGCAACCGCCAAACCAGGACGAGGAGACGGUGCUUGGGGGUUUGAGUCCCCCAAACACGGCCUUGAGCAUAGACUCCACGCGGAGCGAGGGCGGCCACUUUGACAACAGUGUCCUUCAACUGCAGGAGCACGACCACGAGGAACCAAUCUCGCCAGCCUCCCGCGAGCACGGCGGCUGCGGGAGCGGAAUGGAGGAGCAGAUAGGAGAUAAGGACUGUCAUUUGGACCAUAGCGAAGAGGACAGGCAAGGUCACCCGCAACACCCCGAUGACAUCAAGCUGCAUUUCCACAGAACAGGGCCCGGGUCGGGUGGCUUUCUGGAGGGGCUUUUCGGCUGUCUCAGACCGGUCUGGAACAUCAUUGGAAAGACGUAUUCCACAGAAUACAAGCUACAACAACAAGACAUGUGGGAGGUUCCGUUUGAGGAAAUCUCAGAGUUGCAAUGGCUGGGUAGCGGUGCUCAGGGAGCCGUCUUCCUGGGCAAAUUCCGCUCUGAGGAGGUGGCCAUCAAGAAGGUGCGCGAACAGAAGGAGACGGACAUUAAGCACUUGCGGAAACUCAAACAUCCUAACAUCAUCAGCUUCAAGGGGGUUUGCACUCAGGCGCCUUGUUACUGUAUAAUCAUGGAGUACUGCGCUCAAGGCCAGCUCUACGAGGUGCUUAGGGCAGGGCGGAAAGUGACCCCCAGGCUUCUAGUGGACUGGGCCUCAGGCAUCGCCAGCGGCAUGAACUACCUGCACCUCCACAAGAUCAUCCACAGGGAUCUCAAAUCUCCCAAUGUUUUGGUCACCCACAACGACUCUGUGAAGAUCUCUGACUUUGGAACAUCGAAAGAACUAAGUGACAAAAGUACAAAGAUGUCAUUUGCUGGUACGGUGGCCUGGAUGGCUCCAGAAGUGAUACGAAAUGAGCCGGUGUCAGAAAAAGUGGACAUCUGGUCGUUUGGAGUUGUCUUAUGGGAGUUGCUGACUGGAGAGAUCCCCUACAAAGAUGUAGACUCUUCUGCUAUCAUCUGGGGCGUUGGCAGUAACAGUCUUCACCUCCCCGUGCCCUCCACAUGCCCGGAUGGCUUCAAAAUCCUCAUGAAACAAACAUGGCAAGGCAAGCCCAGAAACAGGCCUUCGUUCCGUCAGAUCCUCCUACACCUCGACAUUGCCUCGGCUGAUGUUCUGGGAGCUCCUCAGGAGACCUACUUCAAGUCUCAGGCUGAAUGGCGAGAGGAAGUAAAGAAACAUUUCGAGAAAAUCAAAAGUGAAGGCACGUGCAUUCACAGACUGGAUGAAGAGCUGAUCAGACGCAGGCGGGAUGAACUCAGGCAUGCUCUGGACAUCCGGGAACACUACGAGAGGAAGCUGGAGAGAGCCAACAACCUCUACAUGGAGCUCAGUGCCAUUAUGCUACAGCUGGAGGUCCGAGAGAAAGACCUUAUGAAGAGAGAGCAAGCUGUGGAGAAGAAGUACCCCGGGACCUACAAGCGACACUUGGUCAGACCCAUCGUUCGAUCCAAUGCUGUAGAAAAGCUGAUAAAGAAGAAAGGAAGUAUUUCUCACAAACCUGGGAUGUCCUCCGCCAAAAGGCCAGACUUGCUCCGUUCUGACGGUAUCUCCAGCGUUGACCCCCUGCCGUCCCCCUCACCACUGUCCGCUAGCCCAAAGGUGCCCACACCUCCUGGGAAAGCCCGCUACCGAAGCAAGCCCCGCCAUCGCCGGGCCAACAGUAAAGGAAGCCAUAACGAGUUCCUCGGGGUGUUGAAAUCUACUACAGGAGUGCCCGACGACGUCCAGUCACUACAGGAGCCACAUCAGCACCAUCAUCACCACCUCCCACUGCCUACCUCAGGAUCGCCACUUCUGUUGAAGGGCCGCGAAGAGGCCGUUGUAAACUGUGCCAAUAACCUGCGUUAUUUUGGCCCCGCCGCUGCCUUGCGUAGCCCUCAGACUGAUCACCUACAGCGGCGUGUUUCCGGAUCCAGCCCUGACCUCAUCUCCACAGCGAUGGAUGCAGACACCCGUCAGCGGACCUCAUCCACCAGCUCCAAUCCCCUCCCAGGUGCCGGUUCUGGCUGUCCCUGCUGCCAGGCUCACCCGUUCCCUGGAUGCCUUCACUGUCAGGAGACCACUCCUGCAUCCAGCCAGCCAGACUUGCCCAACUUUUCAUUGCCCAGUACUCAAGAGGGCAGCCAGUCCUCUUUGAGAGCUCCCAUCAAAGAUCCCAGUUCUAAUGGGGAGGUCUUGAAGAAGCCAGAGCCUCAGGAACAGGAGUCCUUCCAGAACAAACACACCCUUCCAAAUGCACUUCCCCGUACACUCAGACCGCUGAGGAAGGGUGGAGAUGAGUCAUCUGAAGAGGAGGAAGGAGAGGUGGAUAGUGAAGUGGAGUUUCCAAGGAGACAGAGACCUCAUCGCUGUAUGAGCAGCUUCCAGUCGUACUCCACGUUCAGCUCGGAGAACCUGUCUGUGUCCGACGGAGAGGAGGGCAACACCAGUGAUCACUCCCACAGUGGGCCCCUGGACAGGCUGAGUGCUAGCCAGGAGGAGCACCUGGACGAGCUGCUUUCGCACACGCCGGACAUCCCCAUCGACAUCUCCACUCAAUCGGACGGCUUGUCUGACAAGGAGUGCGCCGUCCGCAGGGUCAAGACACAGAUCUCCUUGGGAAAACUGUGCUCGGAUGAGCACAGCUACGAGAAUCCUCUCCAGUAUGGGGACUCAGACUGCGACUCAUCCGAAGCAGAAUGCUCAGAUGCCACCAUCCGGAACAACAAACCAGCCCCUUCCUCAUGGUGAAUGCAUCAUCGGGCACUUUUUUUUUUUUUUUUGCCUGGAACCAACAGUGUUCCACUGGGUCCUGCAGAGAAUACAGCAAUAAGAGGACAAUGAUGUCAAAAAAAACAACAACAAAAAAAAAAAAACAGCAAUCUGUCCCAGAUCCCUUCCUCCAUUUACCAGGCCUCCAUUCCCUCAUGUUGAGCACAGCAUCCAGGCAACCCAUGGCAGGGAUUCCCUUUUAGAAUGAACAUAACAUGUACAUGAUAUAGAAUAACAUUCAUAAUUUAUUUUUGAAUUCUGAAGGACUAUUCAGGAAAUCGGGGUGAAGAAAAAGACUCUUGAGACAUAUUUACCCACAUGCCAACCAGUUGGCGGCGGUGAGAGCGAUCGUGGGAUUAAAACACGGGUGGUAAGAGUGAAGAGGGCGCAUGGAAACCUGAUUGGUUCUCAUGCUGACAGCGAGCGAUGGCGAGUUACAUCAUCGUUAAUCUCUCAGGUGACCCAGAUGUGGAGCUCCAUGCCUUUAUCUGGCUGCAGGCGCUGUCUUCAUUUUGUUGAGUUACAUGGCAAAAUCCCCCAAAUCAGCACGCACCAUCCUGGAGUGCACCACUACACAAAAAUGUCACGAAAAUUAUCUUUACUGAAAUAAUAAUGACAAACAAUUCUAUGUACUCACUGUGAAAUCGGGGCCUGUUUAGUUGAAUACACAGCGAUUAUUCUGUUGUGUGAAAAAGCGACGUGUAUACGCAGGUCACUUGUACCUUCUGUUAUCUAGUGGGAGAGCAUUUGAAUUGUUUGGGCCAGAAUUUCUCUUGAUGACCAUAUUUGGACAUGUAAGAUUCCUUGCUCAACUAGCUUUACUAUGAGUUUACAGAACCCUCGCGACCCACCGUCCUCGCCUCCAGAACUGGUGGCUCUCCCAUUACAAAACUCGCAUUGCAAACACCAGCAUAACCACCGGACUCCAUUCCUUCCGCUCAUCACGCUGUGAGCGUGCCCAGCAUGCAUGUGACCGCAUUAGGUGGACCGGUUGGAACACGGUGAGAUGGAGCUGAGGAGAACAGCUGGAAUGAACAAAACAAAAGACGAUAUCCAGCUUCUUCUCUCAUCACGAAUCAAAUGACGCUCUCAGAGCGUGAGGACCCACAAAGUCCCCUUUAGACAUUAUGCUUUCAAGUCUCAUCUCAGGACUGCUCGAGAAGGACCGGAACAAACUGGACUGGACCAAUUACUGUAUGUUCGAAUGUUGUUUGGACAACUGUUUUUUUUUGCUCUUUGCAAAUUUCCUCAAAUGGUGGCCACUGCUCUAAUAAUGUCAUGUAUAAUACCAAGUAUAUAUACCAAGUAAUAACUCUGAAACCUUAAACCUCACAUUUGUGGUUUCUGCAAAUUCGCCCAUUUGCAAAUUAUCUAUCAGCUGCAAAAAAAUCCUUCUAUGUUUUUGCACUGAGGCCAAAACAACAACGGUGGUACUUUAAUGUCCUCUGGUGGUAUCUUGGUGCUCAAGUGAGCUUCAUUUAGACAAAAAUAGUCUCAUGACAUCUAUAGGCAAAACCAUAAGGUUAACAUGGUUCAAACUAUAAUCCCAAAACAGUUGUAUUUUAUUGUGGGGACAAAAUGCACUUUAAAUGCACGUACACACGUGAGGACAACUUUCUUUUACUUCUGCUAACAACCCAGGCUAACGUUCAGGACUUGACACUGAUAACACUACCGCUUUCCUGUUUAGACAGGGCUUUGGCGCCAUUUUGUGUCAUAUUCUCGUGUUUCAAUUUGAGAGAUUAUUGAAUGGAAAUAAUAAGACAGAGCGACUGCUCCUGAAGCAGUUGCACGUUAUUCACCGUCAACCAACAUCAGCAUAUCUCGCUCCACUUUGACAAAGAAUUCCGUAAAAUAGACGCCUCCUUCAAAUAAAUGUCGCGGCCACCAUUUGAGGUAAUAGUAUUCAGGUGCAGAAUCCCCCCCCAACAUCAUUUUCAAGUGCAUCAUCUCUCAUAUAACACUUUCCAGCAGGGUACUUCUUACUUAUGUAAUGCUAAAUGUGUGUGUCAUGGCACUUCUGUCAGUCCAAAAAGAGCAAACCAUUCCCCCUGUGCUUGUGAACAAAACAAAAGCAAUUAAGAGUGGAGGUUGCUUGCUUGGGAUCGGGAGGGUCUAGCUGGCUAGACACAAUGACUGGUGGCUAGUGAAGUUUUUAUUUUGAUUUUCUGGGGGGUUUUUUUCCCUUUGGUUUUGUUUUUUGUUGUUCUGGUUCGACGUUGCCAGCUGAGAACAGGAGCUAGGUGACGACAAAUUCAAUGAUUUGUAUUUGUGGCUCUGCUGCUUUUUUUUUUAUUUUUCUGACCACAGAUGCGCUCCAAAAUUAACAUUUUUUUUUGCUCUACUGUGUUUUUUUUUUUGAAGGUAUGUUGCAUCUGUUGGAGCUUAAUUUGUUCCCCCUUCUUUUGAGUGUCUGCCUUUCCUUUGUACAUAAUUUGGGGAGAAGGCAUAGUUGAUUUUUGUUGUCAGCAUAGUUGAUUUUUGUUGUCAGCUUUUGUCUAUGUAAGCAGGCUAUAAGGAAUACACAAGCCAGAGAUCAAUAAGGCCACGGGGUUGUUUUAAUUUUCCUUCAUUUCAGUGUUACUUUCCUAUGUGUGUAUAGAAACAUCAGCAGAUGUAACUUGACCUGUCAUCGGUGCGCUGCUCAAACUGGCUGAAAAGAAUGUUUGUGAUGUGUUUGACAUCAGCAUUGAACUGGAUGAACUGCAUCGUUAUCUGUGGAAUUGAGCUUGAAAGCUUUUGCAAAAGCCGCACGAGCUCGAGCCUCCCCCGACCGUCUCCUUUGUGUUUACGUUGCUGUAAAUGAAUUAACCUCAUGCAAUGUCAUGAUCAAGCUGUGGGGAAUGCCUGGCAUACAUCCUGUGAAGUAUGAUUGUGGUUCGUUUUCUUCGUAGCUGGCCUACAGGAUUAUUGAAUUAAUUUAUUACGAAUGGCAAGUGAGUGUUCUUUUUAAUUUCAGGCAGCUUCAACAGGAGUAUUAUUUAAAGAAAGCACAAUGAACAGGUAGGAGGACAGUAUUAGUUUUAUGUUCGGUGGAUCAAAUCAUCAUAUCUUAUCAUCAUCAUUACAGAUGAAGUAUGGAUCUGGUGGCACUUAAUAACAACAAAAAAUGGUUCCAAAUGUUUACUCCAGUCAACAUAAGAAUCUCUUCUGUUUUCACCAAAAGCCAAUCAGGCGGCAAAGAGACCACAGGUCUGAAAGCAUCUGUGAUGCAGACUUAAUUUUUUUUUAACCCCGUCCUUUCUGUCAUUUUCGCUCAUAUUUAAUACCAGUUUGUGUCUGUGAGGUUGUUUCAAAUUGUGACAUCAUCUCAUGUACGCGUUACAUUUUUUUUCCUUACUACGCUCAUUUUCCAGCUCUUCCUUUCGAGUGACAUUACGAUCAAACCAAUCCUGUCAGACUUCUGUAUUUUCCAGAGUACAGUACGGUGGACAUCUGGGGGAAUAUAAUCCAAGCAAGCAACUGCAUGGAAUAAAUGCUGAUGUACUGUACCCAA